UUUCGCGUGACGUCAUUUCUCCGUUUCGCGUUUUGACGUCAUUUCGCGUGACGGCGGCCCCUCCGCUUCCAGCGAGCUGAGUCGAGAAGGGCCCCGGCGUCGUCCAACAGCUCCGUGACGACCGCAGCAAGGCAACAAAAGACAAAGACUAAAAAUGUCCAACUUUGGAAAGCCAGAGCACAUCGCCACGGACUUCUACAACUCCGAGUACAGCUACGAGGACCAAGGCCAGUCCUUCAACUACGCCCAGGGUGGAAACCAGUAUGAGACUGGUGUUCCCCCUGGCGCGUACGGGUACGCGCCCCCAACGGGAUACGUUCCCCCAUCCCAGCAGGCGUACGCAGGGCAGAUCUUCCAGCCGGCACAGCCAUACACGGCACCUGCACCCCUACAAAACACAUAUGGCAGCAGCUUCGACGACGAGCCACCUCUUCUCGAAGAGCUGGGAAUAAACUUUGACCACAUCUGGCAGAAGACGUUGACAGUACUGAACCCGCUCAAGAUCGCCGAUGGCAGCAUAGUGAACGAGACGGACUUGGCGGGGCCCGUGGUCUUCUGCCUCGCCUUCGGGGCCACAUUGCUGCUGGCUGGCAAGGUGCAGUUUGGCUAUGUGUACGGUAUCAGUGCCAUCGGCUGCCUGGCCGUCUUCUCUCUGCUGAACCUCAUGAGCAUGACGGGGGUGUCAUUUGGCUGCGUGGCCAGCGUGCUUGGCUACUGCCUCUUGCCCAUGGUGCUGCUCUCAGGCUGCGCCAUCCUCUUCUCGCUCAAGGGUACGAUGGGUGUGGUGUUAGCAGCCGUGAUUAUUGGCUGGUGUAGCCUAUCGGCCUCCAAGCUCUUCAUCUCAGCCUUGGCAAUGCAGGGCCAACAGCUGCUGGUCGCCUACCCAUGUGCCCUACUCUACGGUGUCUUUGCCCUGCUCACCAUCUUUUGAGGACCAAAAACAGUCUCGACUCACUCGCUAACUCGAUCACCUACUUUCCAGACCGUUUUCCUACUUUGCAAACCACGGUCUUCAUUAGAACACUACACAACCUCACAGCUCACCCUCGGUCAAACUCCAGCUAGCUCUCCAAGCAAAACCAUACUUCUAUUCAUGUUCCAAACCAAUUAAUUCCCUUUAAAAUGUAUAUUUACAUACCCUUCUGCUACUCACUUGACAAACUAUUCUCUAACCUAGCAUUUCACUCUCCAACACACCGUACCGUUCCAAAAAACUACCAAAGUGUAUCCGACCUGCCCCCUCAGGCCCAUCACCACCCGCUUCACAACAUAAAUCAUGUCUAUGUCAAGUCACCGGCCAGAAUCGUGUCCUUCACCCAGUGGGAAAGCUGUCCUUGUUGAGUACCUGUGAGCCGUCUCAAUGAACUGUGUAAAACCACGCGCACUAAUGAACAGUGGUGGCGUCAGGAAAGGCGUCUCCAUGCAGCGUACGGUCAAACUACUUUUUUAUUUUUAAGAAAAAUGUUGCAAUUUGUGCAUAGUAACAAAAGUGUUAUUGCAAUUACUACUUUAGUUUUUUCUGUUUUGUUUUAAUUUUCUUUCACCUCCCUUAAAGAAGCCACACAGUUGCAAUGUUGGGUUUAAGUAAAUAUAUGCACUUUGGUCUUCGAGGACAAACCUUCAGGAGUAAAUUAAGACAAAUCAUCAGCUGAGAUGUGACCGCCUCUACCACCUGAACCAUCUACCAUUUGGCCAGGUCAUAGUUUUAUUUUUGCAGAACCUCUGAUACUGUUAGUCGAAGGGGGUGGGUGGCAAUCAGAUAUGUGGACUUAAUAGGCUGACCCGUGUAAGUUAACUUUUUUGUCAGCUUCAGCACCAAAGAGUGCAUUUCACGGUUUCAGACAUUGAUAUUAGAAGAAACUGAACCCUUUGCACUGUGGAAAAAUGCAUUCUAGCUCAGGUUUUUCUGCAUUGACAUGUCAUGUUAAAAGCUCACAGGGGACACAUACAGUGCAUUGUACCCAGAAAAAUGCUGUAGGUUGUGGAUUAAAAGCAUGUUUUGUAGUUUAUUGAGGUGUGUUUUAAUUGCACCCUUAAAGAACAAAUGUAAGCACAUAACCUUUAUUUACUACAUACGCCACUCCAAUAUGAUUAGUCAGAAGGCUGUUUGCAUUAAUGGAAGGAGACGAAGUCCCAGGAUGAGGCCUGAGUCGACAUUUUUUAAUAUCAGGUGUUUACUUCCUGAUGGACACAUGGUUAGGGCUGAUAACAUUCAAGAAAUUAGCAUACCUGAAAAAAAGACCGGUAUAAGCAGUACGGUCACAUUGCCUGAUCUAUUGGCCAUUAAAUGGGACCUUACACUGGGUUAUUUUUCCCCAUUAGCUCAGAAUUUGGGUGAAUGAUAGAAUUGUGCAUUGAACCGAGGGUAAGUAAUGACUGCACACCUGAUGUGAGCCACUGGGUGGCCAACAAGAUAAACUUGUAUGUUGGGGUCAUUUCCUUGGGGGUCCAACUGCAUAUUGGACAAUCGAGGUUCUGCUGUAGUUGGUCUUUGAAAACAGCCACACUGCAAGUAAAAUGUUAACUUCUUUUGUCAAACAACGGCUUUGCCUGUGUAGAAAGAUACCUGACAUCAGAAGCUCGCUCGCCUGAUAAAAUUACAGGAUAAGGCAAAGCGUGUUGUGGAGGAUUGAUGUUUUUACAGCCUGGAUGAAAUAACAUGUUUUAUCGUGAAAAAAAUAAAGGUUGCUUUUGUA